AGGCGAGCCCCGCCCGGUGGCGGAGAGGAAGUGCGGGGCCGCCGCGCCGAGCCCGUCUCAGCGCAGGCCGGCUCCCCCGGGCGGCUGGGUGACAGUGUUGCGGCCGCCGGGCACAGCGCGGGGCAAGCGCCAGGCAGCCGAGAGCCAGGCGGAGGCUUCAGCAGAGACGCGGGGAAAAUGGCUGAUGACUUUGGCUUCUUCUCGUCGUCAGAGAGCGGGGUCCCUGAGGCGACUGAGGAGGACCCAGCGGCUGCCUUCCUGGCCCAGCAGGAGAGCGAGAUCGCAGGCAUAGAGAAUGACGAGGGCUUCGGGGCACCUGCCGGCAGUCAGGUGGCCUCCGCGCAGCCGAGACCCGCGAGUGGGGCUGGUUCUGAAGACAUGGGGACUACUGUUAAUGGAGACGUGUUUCAGGAAGCUAAUGGCCCCACUGAUGGCUACGCUGCAAUUGCCCAAGUUGACAGGCUGACUCAGGAGCCCGAGAGCAUACGCAAAUGGAGAGAGGAGCAGAAGAAACGGCUGCAAGAGCUAGAUGCUGCCUCUAAGGUGACAGAACAGGAGUGGCGGGAGAAGGCCAAAAGGGACCUGGAAGAGUGGAACCAGCGCCAGAGUGAACAAGUUGAGAAGAACAAGAUCAAUAACAGGGCAUCUGAGGAGGCAUUUGUGAAGGAAUCCAAGGAGGAGACUCCAGGCACAGAGUGGGAGAAGGUGGCCCAGCUCUGUGACUUCAACCCCAAGAGCAGCAAGCAGUGCAAAGAUGUGUCCCGGCUGCGUUCGGUGCUCAUGUCCUUGAAGCAGACGCCGCUGUCCCGCUAGGUGCCUGUCAUAAGCAUGAUCACAAAGCACGGGCCACACCAGGGCAGAGGAGCAGCAGCUGCUUUGGCCAGGGUGGAAACUUCCUCUGGCAGCUGCUACACACAGCCUAUUCCGUUCCUCUCCAUCUCCCGGGGCUGAGAAAGGGGACCCUGACCCCUUUGGUCCCUUGCUCUCUCCUGGCCCUAUGGUCCAGCCCCUCAUGGCUCCUCCUCAGUCCACUCAGUUGUGACUGUCCCUCUUGAUGUAUUUUUUUUUCUUGCUUAAAGGGUGUGUUGUUAACUCUUUUUACACCUAUUUAUUAUCAUCCUCAUUUCCCUGGAAGCCACAACUGGUGUCAGGGUUCAGUUUGUGCUUAGAACUUUUCCAGCUUCAUGGCCUUGGAAGAAGGUAAAGAAUACAUGAAAAGAACAA